GGCCGAGCGAUUUGAUUAGGUACUGCAGGAGACGAGCGGAGAUUGAUUACGAAGGGAUGGAGGAGGCAARAUUUCUCUUUGAGGCGGCGGCUUAAGGAAUGCCGGGAAGGACGACUACGGCGAUGCGGGUGGAGGAGCAACUGGUAAGCGCAGGAUACACGGUGACAGUACUUCUCCGAGCCUACUUAGAUGAGUACUUGACGGCGAGCGAGUGCAGACAACGAGCCAGGGAUUUGAUCUACGAGCGCGGGGCUGGUAUACUUGCGCGAGUAACCUUUCAGACCUCAAUCACCUAUGACGUGAUGGUAUGGUCUCGUGGUUAUAUGCGCGCAGAGCACUUCCACGACGAGACUGUAGAGGAAGCUAGAGCGAGGAUAGACCGAGACCGCAGAGAUCACGAUGCGUUCGUACGAGCGAGGAGGCUGGACGACUACCGGCGGAGCCCCCGCUAUAAGACUGACAGGGAGAGGGGCGACUCCCGCGGCCGAUGGGAGAUAGAUCAGGUCCGACGAGACGGAUAUAGGGGAGGUAGAUACGAGAGAUCGGGCCAAGAUGGGUAUAGGGAUGACAGAUACGAGAGGUUUAGCCGAGAUGUCUACCGAGGGGGUAGGUAUGACAGAGAAGAUCGAGACUGGGAGCGACGAGAUGGGUCGCGGGGACGGUCUGAUCGCGGAGGAGACGUGAGAGGACAGCGCGACGAGUCGCGAGGACGGUACAACCGAGGAGACCGACGCGAUGAAUCACGAGGACAUUUUGACUCGAGGGACCGCCGGAAUGACUCGCGAGGGCAGUAUGAGCAAGGAGGAUCUGAAGGAGACAGGCGCAACGAUUCACGCAGCCGGAAUGAGACGGGGGGAUAUGGUGUCCCAUCAGAACCAUAUCCCAAGUCGCCUGACCCCAAUGCGGCCAGGAAAUCGAUCCCUAGAGGCGCGGACGACAGGGCAUCUACUCCGAGGAACUCAUGCGUCUACUGUAGAGGAGAAAAUCAUAUCAAGAGGGAUUGUCCGGACCUUAAACGGGCAAUAGAAGAGGGACUCRUCGUGCUUGACGACCGCAAGUACGUCAAGUGGGCAGAUAAUCUCGGAGAUGUAUCGAUGUUCCCUUCAAUGAGGGAGAAUGUCGAAGCAAGGAGAAUAAAGACAAGUAAAGGAAUGGAGCCGGCCAGRAGCCAGAGCAUCAAGAUAACCUUUGAGGGGGAUAUGGCAACCACACCGAUAAGGGUGGCAGCCACCAAGUCGUURAAAGGGACUGCAUCGAAGAAAACUGACACGGAUUACGUGAUGRCAGAGAGAGACGGGCARCGAAUUGAUGGAGAGGAGGUUAUCCUUUCGCCGCGGAAACGGGGAGUGAAGAAGUUYUUAAUGAAGAGUUCGCUGGAUGAGAUUGACACGGUCGAGCCRCUGAGGAGGGCUCUUCGACAGCCCAUGCAAUGCACUAUUCUGGAGUACCUGGCGGCAUCGAAGCCGGCUCGCGAUGAGUUACAGAUGAUCACGCGCAAGACUCGCAUACCUCUAUCAGAGGAGGGGCAAGGGGCCCCUAAGGCGGAAACUUCUACAGUAGCAGUGACGGAGGUGACUGCCAGAGCGGAUCGCAUGGCAACAGUCCUUCUAGAUGGAAUGGAAGGCGUGCCUCCAGACAAAUUUUAYAUACUUGGUAGUGGGGCAGUGGAGACAAUUAUAAACGAUGGAGCGGUACUUGACGCUGUGAUCGAUAACGGCAGUGAGGCAGUUAUCAUAGACGAGGACCUGGCAGUACAGGUUGGACUGGGCCUCGAUAGAUCAUACCUAUUCGAGAUAGAGACUGCUGAUGGUAGRAAGCAACAGAUCACAGGGGUUUGUCACAAGGCAGCCAUUGAGAUCCAAGGGGUACGAGUGACCCUGCCUGUCUUUGCAGUCAAGAACUGCAGCUCUAACCUGCUCCUGGGACGGACGUGGCUAAGCCACGUGCAUGCGGUGACGAUAGAGCGACCUGACGGGAGCCAGACAUUGUCCAUUAAGAAGCUAGAUGGGAUGCGAGUGAUGAUUGAGACGGUGGAGCCUCGGGACCCGAGGAACAGAGCAGCUCUCGCUGUGGGAGCGAGACCCAGUGAUCAGGUUUGGACAUUACCUAUCUCCAGCCGUGCGGUGCGAUUUCGAGAAAAGGAAUAUGGACCACUGCUUACAGAGGAAGAAGGCCGAGUUGUCGAGGUAGAAGAUUUAGGGAGUCGGUUAAUAGUAGACGGCAACUCGUAUCCGAAGGGAGAAGAUGAGGAAUUAGGCGGGAAGGAGAAAGAGGAAGUUACCACUUUCCUGAAGGAGAAGAUGGUUUCCCAUGUCGCGGAACCGUCUGAUAGCGCGUAUGCUAAUCGAUGGUUCUUCUUACGGAAGCCGAAUGGCAAGAUCCGAUGGAUCCAGGACCUUCAGAAGGUCAACGCKGUGACAAUACGAGAUGUGGGYUCGGUGYCACACGCCGAUUUAUUAGCAGAAGGCGCUGCAGAGGAGCUUCAGCGCUUGGAGAGGGCUUUCGAUGCUGUUAAGAAGGAAUUGUUCGACAAACUUCAUGACAAGUUGCACUACCAAUUGUUCGACCCCGGCCGAGAGCUUUUCCUACUGCCCGUUACGGCCAGCGCAGAUCCGAGACCUCUCAAUACACCCAGCCAUGUAAACAGGUCUUCCAACGGUUCGUACAGCAACGGCGCCUCCAACAACGGCUCGAACAACGGUUCGUCCAGAGAUGCAGAGUCGUCAGCAGAAGAGAUUGUUCAAGCUGAUAGUCGUUCGAACGCUAAGGUCAGCGGUCGUAGCUCUGAAGGGACCAGCCAUCGUGGCGACGACCCUGCGAGGAAUGACCAGGCGGCUGGCAAUGGCAGGGGCGUGGGGAGAUCGUGGGCAGAAAAAGACGUGAAUGGCAUGGGCAACGGUGCUGCAUGGGAAAGAGAUUCUUCAUCAAACAUCAUCAUCUUGAAAGAUAAUAAGGACAUGCUGCAGCAAAUGCGGCUGUCUCCGCUGAGGGGCCAUGCUCACACUAGAGAGUAUUCCAACUGACAUGUGGAUGUAGUUGCGACGAGGUGCAUCAAGAGCGGAACUGACAUUUGCGACCGGGUUAGGUGCGUCUAGUCCGGGCCGUAAACGCAACCAGGUGCAUCGAGUGCAGAAUUGACAUGUGAUUGUCAUUGCAGCCAGGUGCAUCAAGUGCUGAACUGAUAUGUGAACGUAACGGCGACCAGCUGCAUCUAUCAGGUGCAUCAAGUGCAGAAUUGACAUGUCAUUGUAAUUGCGACCAGGUGCAUCAAGUGCGGAACCGACAUGUAGACGUAAUUGCGACGAGGUGCAUCAAGUACACAGUGAGCGUAUACAGAGUAAUCCCUCUGCUCCGCAGAAAUUAUCAUUGCAGUAAAUACUUCGCAGUCGA